UUCAAUUUGUAAUGAAAUUUGUUAUUUCUAUUCGAACAUUUUUGUAACUUUCUUUCGAAAAUUUGUAAUAUUUGUGAAACUUUAUUUUCGUAAUUCUAAUUUUUGUAAACUUCAACGUCAUUAUCAUGUUGCCGCAGCCACUAAAAGCGGAAGCGCAUGAAAAGGAGCACCCCACAACAUCGUCAGCAGCAGUAAGUUGUCUCUCGACGCCGCUCCAACCGGCGAAAACGACAAACUCCAUUGCCACGCAAUACUCAUGCUCGAGCAUAUACGACAAUGUUAUGCUGACACCGCCAGAUUUGCCUUCAGACGAAGACGAAGUACUGUGCUACAAUCCGAAUGAGCCGCGCUAUUGUAUUUGUAAUCAAGUUUCUUAUGGGUCCAUGAUUGCUUGCGACAACAAGUUGUGCCCCUACGAAUGGUUUCAUUUUCAAUGUGUGGGUGUUAUACGACCGCCAAAGGGCAAAUGGUAUUGUCCGCUCUGUAAAGCGUCGAUGCAACCGAGUAGAGGCUCAGCACGAAAGCGGAAAAUUUCUUGGUAAUAAAGUGUAGGAUUUGAUUUUUUCGUGAACUUUUGAAAAUUUUAUGCUUAUUUGCAAAAUGUUUUAAUUUUUGAUACCUUUUUGUGUUACUAUACAUAUAAUAAAUAUUUUAAAUAAAUUGUUCAUCCUAAA